AUGUCGGUAUUGGGGUUUUGCCUGCUCCACCAAGGAUAUUUUCCUAUCUCAAUGAAAAAUCAGAAAUAUACUCUUGAUCUUCUAUUUGAAACAGGGAUGUUGGGUUGUAACCUUUCAAAUGCUCCUCUUGAAGCAAAUGUUCAUAUUUCUAGCAAGACCGAUGAUCUAGUGGAUAAGGGUCAGUAUCAGCGAUUCGUUGGAAAGCUGAUUUACCUAUCCCACACUCAUCCAGACAUUGCCUUUGAUGUUAGUCUGGUAAGCCAGUAUAUGCAUGAUCCUUAUUCCUCACACUUAGAAGCUGUGUUUUGGAUCUUGUGCUACCUGAAGUUUGUACUAGGAAAGGAAAUCCUCCUGUCUUCCCAUGGUUAUUUACAAGUUGAGGCCUUUACCGAUUCUGAUUGGGCCAGUUCUCUAGAUUAUCGACGAUCUACCACAGGUUAUGGUACUUUUGUGGGUGACAACUUGGUUACUUGGAGGAGUAAGAAGCAGGCAGUUUUUGCUCGGUCUAGUGCUCAAGCUGAAUUUCUCGUCAUGUCUCAUGGCAUCUACGAGUUGAUGUGGCUUCAAGGUCUCUUGAAAAUCUAG